UUAGAAUAAACUCAUCCGUCAAAAUGAAAAUUUGUUCUUGGUACAAUAUAUCAUCUUAUUAUUUUGGUUGAAAAUUGAAAAUUGCACAAGAUGACGAACAAGGAAGGUGUGUUAACCGAUUUAGAUCUUUUCUUUUUGUUAUUUGAUUUAUAUUUUUAGUGCAUUUAAAACAAAAAAAAUAUAAUCGAAAAUGGUGUAAAACCUACAAGUGGAUCGAUCACGAUGGCUUUUAGCGGCCGUCUGCGUGUAGAAAUUUAUGAUCAUACAUCAUAAACAAACAUUUCAAAAUUUCUUGGUAUAAGUAUACCAUACAAAAAAAUACUUAAAUUUGUUACAUAUUUGAAAUGUUUAGGUGUACAGAAGGUCAGCCAUGGCGUUGUUUGUCACUGUCCAAACAUUUGAGCAGUGAUAGUAUAGCGGUCGAGGAAGAAGAGACAUUUAUUGCAUAUAAAGCAGAUUGUGAAGAUAAUGUUAGUAACCGCGAGGCUGAAGACUUGGUUAAUACUGUCAUUACAUCAACACCUCAAAAAACUUCAGACGAAAUGAUCAAAGUUAAAAUUGAUAAUAAUCUAAUUGGUCAAGGCGACGAAGAAAUUGAUACGCCAGAAAAUGAAUUCAACAACUCUACGGCUAUAUUUAUAAAUAAUUUGUUCGAUAUGAGUGACGUUGAAAGAGUGAUUGUUACCGAAGAUAACGAAUUAAUAUCAACUGAGCCAUGUAACUUUCCCCCUCUACAAGAUAUAACAAAGAUGAUGGAAUCAUAUGUAAAUGCUGCUUUGAGUAUGGCUUUUGUCACAGAAACUCAUGAGGCUGUGCAUAUUCCUAGAGAUUCUUCCAGAAGCACUGACUAUUCAGGUUAUUCUUUCUUAUCUGAUGCAUUUGAUAUGGAAGACAUAGGCGAAGAAGUUACAUUUAUGAUUAACAAUGGGAUCGCUGAUGUCGAAGCGACUGAAGUUGUUCCUGUAGGGAAGAUAAUUGAGGUGCAAGGUAUGCAACAAGAAGAUACAAUAAAUAAUAACGAUGGGAGUGAAUUUAUGGAAAAGACACAUAAAAAUGAUACAGCGCUUUACGAAAGUACAUACUUGACUUUAAAUCGGGACUAUGAUCAAAACUCCGAAGAAGAAGGACCAGUAUUGCUAGAUCCCAAAGGACUUACAAUGCAAGAAGUGGAAUUAAUAACUGCGCAUACAUCUGACGACGAUUUAGCCUUUAAACCUGAAAAGAAAUCCCAUGAAAUGGCGGCGACAUCAGCGGUGUCUGGCACGUCGCGAAAAAGCCUCGUACACCGCUGUCGAAGCCAGGGUGCGCGGCUGCUUUCUUGCAUCCGCGGUUGGUGGAGACGCAAGACUCCAGGGAAACGCAAGGAAUCUCGUGUGAGUGGUUCUAUCCGAGGCCUCUGCCCCUUGUCCCCCGACGCCAGGCUUCGAGCUAACAGCAUGCUGGAGCAGCGCCGCGUGCAUUCCCCCUCGCCCAAUCGAUCCGUCGUGUGGAAGUUCAACACUGUCAACGAAGCCCUCGUCAACUCCUCCCGCUGGAAAGAGUACACGUUCAACGUUAAGCCUGAUGAAUGUGGAGAGUACUAAACUAAACGUUCUAUUUGGAAUUAUUUUUAAAUUUUGUUAUAUCACCGUCUCGUUAGUAAAGUUGUAGGUUUUAAA